AUGAAUUCCUUCUUCCAAGUACAACCGUCGAGAAAAGCCACCAAGGAGCAGGUAUCCGCUGAUACAAAUCUUCAGCCAUGGGUUGAGAAAUAUCGGCCAAAAACAAUUGAGGAUGUAUCAGCACAAGAACACAUCGUUGCUGUACUUGAAAAGACUCUAACAUCAACAAAUCUCCCACACAUGCUCUUCUAUGGCCCUCCUGGAACGGGGAAGACAUCCACUAUUCUAGCAUUGUCUCGUCAACUCUUUGGACCAGAUAAUUUCCGUUCUCGAGUCUUGGAACUGAACGCCUCAGACGAACGAGGAAUCGCCAUCGUACGUGAAAAGAUCAAGAACUUCGCCCGACAAACUCCACGCGCACAAGCGGUCUCGUCAGACGGCAAGGCAUACCCAUGUCCGCCCUACAAAAUUAUUAUUCUUGACGAAGCAGACAGUAUGACACAAGACGCCCAGGCUGCACUUCGGCGAAUCAUGGAGACGUAUGCACAUAUAACCCGUUUUUGCUUGGUUUGCAAUUAUGUUACACGAAUCAUUGAGCCUCUCGCCUCCCGGUGCUCCAAAUUCCGUUUCAAGCCCCUCGACGACUCAUCCUCGACAAAUCGUCUAGAGCAUAUCGCCCUCUCCGAGCAACUCCGCGUAAAACCCGAUGUCUUUUCAGCCCUCAUCUCCACCUCAGGCGGUGACCUCCGUAGAGCCAUCACAUACUUACAAUCCGCCGCUCGUCUAUCAGCCGCCAGUGAGACAGAGACCACCAUCUCACCGCGAGACAUUCAAGAGAUCGCAGGUGUAGUGCCGGAUGCUGUGAUUAACAACUUCGCACGUUCUCUGGGUAUCGAAGUUGUCAAUACUGAGGAAGGGGAGGAGAUGGAUGUGGACAUGGAUGCUGAUCAGUCAACUAAGCUGAAAGGCUUUGAUCUUAUCCGGAAUAAGGUGCGGGCGAUGAUGAGGGAGGGCUACUCAGCCUCUCAAGUCCUAACACAACUCCACGACAUCAUCAUCCUCCAUCAGAACUUGACUGCCCGUCAGAAAUCGAAGUGCGCCCUAGUCAUGGCAGAGGCCGAUAAAGCGCUAUGUGAUGGGUCAGACGAGGAGCUUUGGGUCUUAGAGGUAGCUUUGAAGGUGAACAAGGCAGUCUCAUAAAACCUCUUCUUUAUUCCGUUCUCUUGUACUUCCUUGGCUUCACCGCUAUGUACCUUGCUAUACUGCACUUGCUGGCUCCAUUCAUACUGCACGGCUUGAGAAGAGCGAAAACACUUGUUUGAGUGUGCAAAAUGAUUCUAUUGUGAAGAUGAUAGUACUACACAGUCUAUAGAGCCUUCUCAGGCGUUGCAGGGCAGUGUAUGUGUCGGCAUAAAAGUACGGAAAAAAAUCACG